CACUACCUAGCUGCGUCCAGUGCAGCACAAACGGCACUCCUUCGUGCGCUUCCGGUAGGAUACCGUCCAGCGAGUGUGAAGUCGAUGGCGACUUGUGCUACCAGAUGAUCAAAGGUGAACACAUUCAGCGUGGCUGCUCGAGCUAUCUAGAGGAAAUAGACAAAAAUAGAUGUGCAAACGCUACCGAUAACACUUGCCUUACCUGUAAUACUACUGGAUGCAAUAACGGUCCUUGGCUGAAGUGCCACAUUUGUGAUCCCAGUCAUCCGAACUGUACUGCAGAACAGCUAAACGGAGUCAAGCUCUGCUCAACUUUUGACAGUAACGACAAAUGUUACACGAAGCUAGUAGGGGAUAAUGUCACUAGAGGAUGCAAAUCGGAUCUUGAUCAUCAAACUGAAUGUACUGAUUGCGAAUUUUGUGACGGAAAUGGCUGCAAUAAACUAUCGCUUGAAGAGUUGAAGAAUUUUACCGUCUGUCAUCAGUGCACUUCGUCCAAUAAGAACUGUGCAGAUACUGCAGUUAAUGCUACCAGGUGUCCAAGUCGAAAGGAUACCUGCUUCUCGCGUGUUAUCGGCGAAACUCUCCAGCGAGGUUGUCUAUCAACGCUAACCUCGGAUGAGCAAAGUGUAUGCAACAAUACUGUUGACAAUAGCUGCGUGACAUGCAACAGCGGCUCGGGUUGCAACAACGAUGAAUGGUUGAAGUGUCACACAUGUGAUCCCAAUAGUAAGACUUGUUCCGCAGUACAACCAAACACAGCCAAGUUCUGUGCAAAGUUCAGCAGUAAUGGAACAUGUUAUUCUAAGCUGGAUGGUAAUAAUGUAACUAGAGGAUGCUCAACGGAUUUGGACACACAAACUGAAUGUGUUGGUUGUGAAACAUGCAAAGGCAGUGGCUGCAAUAGGUUACCGAUUGAGGUAUUGGAGAAUUUUAUAAACUGUGUUAAGUGCGAUUCUUCCAACGAGAAUUGUGCAGACGCUACUUUGAUGGCUACCAAAUGUCCAAUCCGAACAGAUACCUGCUACUCACGUGUAAUAGGUGGAACCCUCCAGCGUGGAUGUCUAUCAGAGCUAACCAUAGAAGAACAAAGUGUAUGUGAAAAUACGGUAGACUUCUCCUGUCGAACUUGCAAUGAAGACAGCUGCAACAAUAACAUCUGGUUACGGUGUCACCAAUGCAGUGCAAAUUCUAGUACAACGUGUCAUCAAAAUCAAACCGGUCUGGCACCAUUCUGCGAGAAAUAUAAAAUUGGCAAUCGAUGCUACGAACGAUUGGAAAAUUCCACCACAGUUCGUGGAUGCGAGUCCGAUUUGGGACCGAGUGUUAGCGCUUGCAAGGACAACAGGCAGUGCCGAACGUGUUCGGUAUCUGGCUGUAACAAGGAAGCAGCCAGUACCCUCGAAUCGACCGAUCGAUGCUUGCAGUGCAAUAGUUUGGGCGUAACAGAUGUGAGCUGUCUGACUGGUUCUGCCGAAAGUCAACCAUGUUCGAAACCGUCAGCGGGAAAAUGUUUCUCCAGGAUUGAUAUCAAUGGAGCUCUGCAUCGAGGCUGUCACGGUGAUCUAAUGGAAGAGGAAGUGGGCAAUUGCUCCAGUAAGGCUUGCAGUACCUGCGAGGGCGAAGGCUGUAAUAGUGACAUUUUCCCAACCGAUCGGCUUAGCUGUUACCAGUGCAGGUCGGAUUCGGACAGCAAAUGCGCUAACCCACUGAACGUACCGGACGCGCCAAUGAGCUAUUGUCAAAAGUACCAGCCUGGCGAUCUAUGCUACACUAGAAUACAGAACGGAAUUGUUGAACGAGGCUGUCAAUCAAAUCUAGCCAAAACGGCAUGCGAGGGACUUAAAGCUAACGAGUGUCAGGUGUGCUCCGGGGAAAAUUGCAACACAGUGACGGAGAAAGAGCUGAAAAAUUCGGCGAGUUCAUAUAGUGGCAGUGUUCUACUCAUAGCGCUAUCCACGCUAAUUGCGAUCGCGGUUGUAUUCGACUAGAUUCAUAAGCUUAACUCUGAACUAAGCAAUCGGAGUGUAUUUUAAAAGCUAUCCAAAAAUCAAGCACAAUCAGCAACCUUAGGAUCUAUGUUAAUUAUAGUUUUACAUUAGAAUUCACUAUUACCCCUUGAUGGACUUACUGUGCCUAAACUUGAGUAGACGCUAUAGCAUGAGUUAUUGCUAGUUGUGAAUAAAUUGGAAAAAUGUUAUCAAAAAUAAACAGACGAAAAAGCUUGAAGAAAAUUUUAAAAAAAACGGUAUACUGGCGACAUCUGCUGAACACAUUGUAAUAAAUGUGAUUCGACAACCAUGUCAAAUUUAAUUUAUUUUUUUCAACCCUAAGACAAGACGUGACAAUCGGCUUCUUAUUUUUCCUUCGAUAUUUUUCUUUUCGCUUAUUUUCACCCUGCCGAAAUCUUCCGAACAGUGUUGCUAUUUUUAUUAAUAAAAAUGGAGUCUUGUUAAUUUAUUUUAUGCCGGCAAUAUUCUGUACCUUUGUUCCACUAUACUGAUGAAGGGCACCGUUUUUCCAUGUCAUGGGUGUUUAGUAAGGUUUGAUGAAACAAUUUUCUGAAAAAUUUUAGAAUAUAAUGUGGUUUCUGUCUUAUUUUUUUUAAAGUUAAUCAACCACAUAUACGGUAAAUGCAUGAUAAAUCCUUGUUUCACUUUGCCACACAAUUUCUGUUCAAUUUAAUCAUUUUUACUAUUUUAACGAUAAUAAUUUUAUUUGUCAAAAGUAAUGACAAUCAUUUCCUAUAAAUAUAGCAACACUGCCAACGAUCAUUUCAUAUCCCUGCAGUAACAUUCGGUACUGUGCAAAAAGUCAGAAACAACCAAUCAGGAGCUGGACCAUUCUGACGUAAAAUUGGAACAAAAACCCUCAAAAA